AAAAAAUUACGGAACUUGUCGGGUCACGUGCAUCACCUGGUGCCUCGACUGGAUCUGGAAGUUCUCCGAGCCCUAGUCUCAGAGCUGCUGCGACGGUGGUGCGACAGCGAUAGACAGCACUCAAACCUGCAGAUUAAACGUCUGUCAAUUUGAAGGAAGCUGAGACGGCCGUCAAACGAAGAAAGGUUGAGAAGAAGCUGAGGAGAAGGGGAGGCUUCAGCCGUGAAGCAGGCGCGUAUUUGUAAUCGAAGCGCCAGUAGACUUCCUCCAAUUUACCUCUUUUCCAACUACCACACAUCUGCAAUGGCCUCGCUUCGCUCUGUCGCUCUGAGCGCUGCUCGGCAAGUGGCUUCUCGUCCUCGGAUUGCCACUGCCGCUCCCGUCAGGGCCCUGUCGACCUCGAGGGUGAACCGAUCGGAUGCGCUCUUUGUCCACAGAGACACCGACUACAACAACCCCAAGAUUCCCUUCAAGUUCAACGAGGAGAACCUGAAGCAGGCCAAGGAAAUCGUCUCGCACUACCCUCCCCAGUACAAGAAGGCUGCCGUGAUCCCGCUGCUGGACCUGGGCCAACGGCAAAACAGCGGCUGGACCUCGAUCAGCGUCAUGAACUACGUCGCCGAGUUUCUCGAGAUGCCGCCGAUGAGGGUGUACGAGGUGGCUUCGUUCUACACCAUGUUCAACCGCGAGCCCGUGGGCAAGUACUUCUUGCAGCUCUGCACCACGACGCCGUGCAUGCUCGGCGGGUGCGGCAGCGAGCUGAUCCAAAAGACGAUGGAGGACAAGCUUGGCAUCAAGGCUGGACACACCACGCCCGACAAGCUCUUUACCCUGGUGGAGGUGGAGUGCCUUGGCGCCUGUGCCAACGCACCCAUGGUGCAGGUCAACGAUGACUUCUACGAGGACCUGACGCCAGAGACAACGAUCAAGCUCCUCGACGGCCUCAAGAAUGGCAAGCCGCCCAAGCCUGGCCCGCAGAGCGGCAGGCACUCGUCCGAGGCCGCCGAAGGAAGGACUGCCUUGACAUCGAAGCCAUACGGACCUGGCCAACACAAUGUGCCCGAGUUCGCCUAGGGGACUCGAGAAAUGAACAGCUUCAUUUUCGUAAUCUAGAUGUUGUACAAGGAAGAUAAAAGAGAG